GGGAACAGGCAUUACAUUGAUCCAUUUUGUUCGAUGCAAUGUUUGUUUUUAAUAGUUUUUGCUGUUCGAUGGCGCACCUUCAUACAAUUUUGUUAUUUUGGGUUUGUUUCGUUGGGUGAAAAAAUGGGUAAUGUGAAUUAAAAUUGGCUAUAAUUUUUACUAGCUAACCCUGUACUAACAUGCUGUGUUGAAUUCGAAAUUUGACAUUUGAUCGGCUGAAUGAAAACGCUUCCGUACGAAAAAUAGGCAGUUUCAGGAUUUUCGUGCCAGAACAUGCAGAAGAAACGGAAUGGAAGCUCUGUCGAUUUGUUGGAACAUUUCAAACCAUCACAAGAAGCGGAUCUUGCAAUUCAUGUAAAAAAGAUAGAAGAAUUGAAGCUAUGGCUUGCUGAAGCGCGGAAGUCACACCCCGCGACACAAUUCCUUCUACUCACGGGACCAUCCGGAAGCGGGAAAAGCAUUUGCAUUAAAACGCUUGCACAAGCGAUGAAAUACGACACCAGCGAAUGGAUAACACCCGUGGAUGUUGAUCUUUUCUUUGACGAUAGAUUCGAUUUCGAGGAUCGCGAAGAAAAGAAAAGUCGUCGCCCACAGAAGGCACUGUUUGAUGAUUUCCUGUACAAAACAUCACGGUACUGUUCUCUGUUUGGCAACGCGGGCGAAAGUGGUAAGCUGCUGCUCGUGAAGGAUUUUCCCAACUCGAUGCUUCGGUCGCCGGAAGAGUUUCACCAAUCACUGGAACGAUAUCGGGACAGCAGCACGGACCCUAUCGUUUUCAUUGCAACAGAUACUGCUAGCAAAUCACUCGAUGUCGCAUACAAUCUGUUCCCGCCGCAUAUUAUGCGGGAUUUUCAGAUACACCAGAUUAAAUUCAACGCUGUUUCUGCCUCUUUGCUGAAGAAAGCAAUCAAACGUAUAAGCGCCAUUAUAAAGGCAGAUAAAGCUGUAUCGAAGCUGUAUCAAGCAGUACCAUCUAAGGUGGUGGAGGAAGACAUCAUAUGUUCGUCUCAAGGAGAUUUAAGAAAUUGCUGUCUAAACUAUUUAUUUACCUGUAUGAAGUCUGAAACCGGGGCAUGUCCCAAGCGUUUGUGUAUUGAUAAUGAUGCCAGUUGGAGCAGCAGCAGCAGCAGCGGCAAAAAAGCAAAGUCAAGUAGUACUACUUUGAAAAAGUCCGCCAAACCGCUAGGGUUGAACGAAAACUUAACAAUCAUGCAUGGACUUGGGCGCAUCUUCCAUCCAAAAUUUGUUAAACAAGGGGAAAAUAUGAGAUUCUUACAUUCCCCCGAGAGCAUAGCGGAAUGUUUUUUGUCCCAACCAUCGAGCAUCGUGUCACUGCUGCAUUCUAACUACGUAACCAGAUGUACGGAUAUUCAAAACGUGUGCAGGGCAUCCGAUACGCUUACCGUAGUGGAUGGUAUCAUGAACGAGUUCAGAAGCGACCAACUGGCAGUGUACGGACUACACAUUGCUGUACGCAGCAUGAUGGUGAAUAAUGAGCAAACCGCGCACGGAUUUCAACCAAUUAGAAAGAAAAUUAAAGUCCAGAUCCAUGAAAGUACUAAAUCUUACGAAGAGCAGCUUAAAACGCUUGGACUGAUAUUGCGGCCGGUUCCGGUGCGGUUAUUAGCCACGGAGUACAAAGGUUACGUGUCUAUCAUUCGGAAACCGGCAUUGAAUAAAACUCAUGAAGAUGCUGGUACUCUUAAAUAAUAUAUCUAAAACAUGUACAUAAUCGCACAUAAUAAACUGCGAAGAGAAGGUAAAGCGCAUCUUGGAUAUGUAUAUGAACAAAUUUUCAAAAAUAUAUUCCUUAAAUUCAUU